AUGCUGUGUUUAUCCAUAUUCAUAUUACUACAAUCAUCAUUAACAUAUUCAUCAGUGACGAAAACACAUGUUACAUACUAUUGGAAAACCACAGAAGAAAUCGAUAAAGUCUACGACUACUGGAACCAUGGACCAAUACACAUCCCCGGUUUACAAGAUAUUUUUACAGUCACCACUGAAAACUUGGAUAAGUUCCCGCCAUGGCUGACUAAAAGUACAAAAACACAAGGAUAUGCUACACCAGCAAGUGCAAAUCCAAUUACUACUACUACUACAACAACAACUACAGUAGAAUCAAGUGAUGAAUCAGAAAUAAUUGAAGAGACAACAACGGAUAAGACAACAGCAAAAACUAAACCAAUAGCAACAACUAUAACAAUAACGACACAACGUAAACCACCAAAAAUCAAAAUAAUUGAAUCAGAAGAGGAUGGCACAACAGAGCCGUUCUCGGUGUUUUUGAGGAAACUAUUCAGAAAUCUGUCAGUUAAAAGCCUCCCCGAAUUGCCGGCGUUGGUUGAGCCGUUUCUCACAUAUCUCGAGGAAUUAGCAAAUGAUCAGCUAAAAUUUUACAUUCCCGGUGAUGUGAUCAUCCCAUUUAUAAAAAAGUUUGCACAGGAUACAAGAAAAAUAAUAACGCCUAGUGCCCCUGAGGCGCUGCAUGCAAAAGUUUACCAAGUGUACACUGCGUUGGCCAAUCGCAGCACGGCGCUGAAUGCCAACGUACUGAACACUUUAGACGACACGUUUGACGAGGCUGAAGAGGAGUUUAUGCAGAAUACUCUGCACGACGUUAAACUGUUCCCUGAUUCAAAUAAAACUGGCCAGGAGAUUGCUCAUGGUCAUAAAGAAUCGUAUUAUAGCAAAAGAAAAUAUGAAAGUCUUAAACGUAAAUAUAAAAGAUUAAAAGAAAUAUUGGCUGCACAGAGAGGAAAUUAUCGUAGCGGGCCAAAUAAAAUAAAAAAGCAUAUUGAUAUAAAUGUGAAGAACGCAGAUAUGAAACUCAUACAUCCGAAAAACUCUGAUAUCAGUAAAAAACCGGCUGCAGAAAUAAAUGAUAGCUCAUUUAAAUUUAAAAUUGAAACUACAACGCCAACAGUGAAAGAAAAUCUUAGAUUUAAACGAAUCAAUUUGUUCUUAGACGACUAUGAUACUAAAGAUGAAAUUAAUAAGGAAAGCUAUACUAUUCGUAAUAAGGGUAGUUAUAGAAAAGCUUUUCCGCUAAAUACUGUAGUUGUUUUCGAAUCAAAUGAUUCCAAGGACGCAGAAAAAGAAUUAAAGGAGAAUAUACAUGAUACGAUAAGACAUAUGGAAUUUGAUAAUAACAAUGUGUCCAGAAGUUAUCACGAUGAUAAUACGUCUACAGUCCGCAUCAUAGAAUCACCGGAAACGGAUGUUGAGGCAGUAUUGAAAAGCAACAUCUAUAAAGCUGUGAAGAAAAUGUUGAAAAAAUGAAACCCGAAUGCGUAGACAAUAUUUUUGAAGUUGUACAGAAUGGUCAUAGCGGAAAACAGCUAAUUAUUAAAAA